AAACAAACAACAAAAUCUAAAAUGUCAAAGCCCGCCAUCGGAUUCGUCGGCCUGGGAGCCAUGGGCUUCGGUAUGGCCACCCACCUCGUCUCGCAAGGCCACGCCGUCCACGGAUUCGACGUCUUCCCGGCCUCAGUGCAACGCUUCCAAGCGGCUGGAGGCAUCGCUGCCUCGUCGCUGCAGGAUUCCGCAGAGGGGAAAUCAUUCUACGUCUGUAUGGUUGCCUCCGCGCCGCAAGUGCAGUCCGUCCUGUUUGCCGAUGAUGGAAUUGUGCAGCACCUCCCUCAGAACGCCACCCUCCUUCUCUGUUCCACCGUGCCAGCAUCUUACGCUCAAUCUGUCGCCGCGGAACUGCAGACUCGCGGCCGGUCGGAUAUCCACUUCAUUGAUUGUCCCGUUUCGGGUGGCGCCAAACGCGCCGCCGACGGAACACUCUCCAUCAUGGCCGGAGGGUCGGACGAGGCGCUCCAGAGCGGUCGAGACCUCCUUCAGACUCUCUCGGCGGAGAGCAAGCUGUAUCUGGUUCCCGGGGGCGUGGGAGCCGGCAGCAACAUGAAGAUGGUUCAUCAGGUUCUGGCGGCCAUUCACAUCCUGGGAGCCAGCGAGGCCCAAGGACUGGCGGCCCAUCUUGGUCUGGAAGCCCGAGACACGGCCAGUAAGAUCAUGGCGUCUGAUGCUUGGACAUGGAUGCAUGAGAAUCGAUUUCCUCGGAUGGUUGACGAAGACUGGAACCCGGGCGCUAGUGCGCUGACCAUUAUCCUGAAGGAUGUCGGUAUCAUCACCUCACAAGCCCGCCAACACAAAUUCCCCACGCCUCUCUGCUCCACCGCCGAACAAACGUACCUCGCGGCCAUGUUACACGGCUACGGUCCCAAAGACGACUCCGCCAUGGUGCGCCAAUACUAUUCCUCGCCCAUCGCCGACGUGCAGAGCCUACCCACCACAGAGCAAACGCAAGAAUCGCUCCAGCUCGUUCUGGACCUCAUGUUAGGCAUCAACCUCGUUGCCGCCGCGGAAGCCGUCUCCCUAGCCCGAUACCUCAAAGCGGACAUGACGCAGUUCUACCGAUUGGUCAGCGACGCUGCAGGUGCCAGCAAUGUGUUUGUCACGCGCGGAUUGGAGAUGAUUGAGGGGAAUAUUGGGGCCCAAGCACCCAGGGGCUCGCAGACCGUGGAUGAGGUAAUUAAGAGGUUGGAGAAUGUCGUACAGAAGGCGCGGGACCUGUACGUGCCGUUGCAUCUGGCUAAUGCGGCGUUGAAUAUGUUACUUGUUGCUAAGAGGGCUGGGUUCGGGGCGGAGGCCAGUACGAGUGUGAUUAAGGCUUAUGGGUAUGAGUAUUGAGGGUUUGCUUCGUUUCCGCUGUCUCUGUGAUGGGUUUUGUUUGUUUGACAACGUAUAGUAUACGAUCUGACGGGAUCUUGAUGACUGAAUGUAUUUUCUCAAACCCAAGCUUUCACUCUUUAUCUCAUCUCCAAGGGCUAUUUUCUCCUCCGUCAUUGAAGACAAGUGGGUCAGCUUAGGUCCUGCGGGUGUUAGAAUCGGGAGAUAAAGCACAUAUUCCCUUGCAUGACACACUGUUAUCUGCAGGUGCUCUUUCCGCCAGGAACAUUUUCUUGCUUGAAACCUCGGUGCCUAGACGUCUUGUUCUAUUCCUCGGGUGUUGCUGGUUGGAUGAUGUGUUGCAUGAUCAAAAUCAAGUCUGGCCAGCAUCCUAGCAUCUUUCUUCAGAAGCGGGCGACUGGAAUCGGGAACGUGCAUAACCAACAAAAUGGCACGUAAUUACUUGCUCAUUUCU